AUGACCAAAGGGGAGGCUGAGGCUUCACCAAAGUUAAUCAGAGGUACAAUCUCACUUUAUGGUCACCAGAUAGAUGCUAUGUUUGAUUCUGGUGCCACACAUUCUUUUAUAUCUGAUGAUUGUGCUAAGAGACUAAACUUGCAUGUGCUUGAAAUGCCAUUUGCCAUGAAUGUGUCUACAUCGACUGGUGUAUCUACGAGGACUAGUCAGGCUUGUUUGAAACUAGAAUUAAAAUUUGGUGAUAGAGUUUCUAUGAUUGACUUAAUCAGCUUACCUUUGAGUGGUAUUGAUGUGAUAGUAGGGAUGGAUUGGUUAUCUGCUAAUGGUAUGACACUUAACUGUAAUAGAAAGAAAGUCUCCUUAUUGGUUUACACAGCGACAGCUAUUAACCUUAAACUUGUCAAGUCAUUGUCAGUAGUGGAUUGUGAGACUCCUAAAUUCUUGACAGCCUUACAAGUAGAGAAGUCAGUGAAAGAAGGGUGUCAGGCUUUCAUGAUCUAUUGUUCUACACAUAAAGUGUAUGAUGGAGGAAUUGACAGAAUUAGUGUAGUGAAUGAGUUCCCAGAAGUGUUUGAUGACCAAAUGUCAGGAUUGCUACCUGAAAGAGAGAUUGAAUUCUCGAUUGAUUUAAUACCUGGUACCGAGCUAAUCUCUAAGGCUUCGUAUCGGAUGGCUCCUGUAGAACUGGAAGAAUUGAAAAAGUAA